UGCGAAGCUAAGCUUUAGAAGUGACGUCCAUACCUUUCAUAACAUUGGUUUUUCGCAAAUAACCCCAUUUCCACACUACUAGCAGGUGGAGCAAUUGUGUGGGUUUUGUUAGUGUAACGUUAGGGAAGGUCAAAAUUUCGUAAAGAAUUCUUUAAGACGUUAUGCCAAUGUAACAGUAAAAUCAUGGCUGGAGUUUUUGACAUUGAUAUAGACAAUCCAGAUGUUAAUCAAGAUGAUUCUGACGAUGAUACCAUUGAAUUGGACGAGGGCGAUUAUGAUCAAGAUCCAAAUGUAAAUGCCAUAAUAGAGUCGGAGGGCUGCGAGACCGUGCAGCUGUCGGAGCAGAACGUGAACACAGGCAAGGAGAAGACGGGGCCGCAGGACUUUGAGCUGCGCAAGGUGCUGGGCAAGGGCGGCUACGGCAAGGUGUUCCAGGUGCGCAAGGUCACCGGCCAGGACUCGGGCACCAUCUUCGCCAUGAAGGUGCUGCGCAAGGCCUCCAUCGUGCGCAACCAGAAGGACACGGCGCACACCAAGGCCGAGCGGAACAUCCUGGAGGCGGUGAAGCAUCCCUUCAUCGUGGAUCUCAUCUACGCGUUCCAAACGGGAGGGAAGCUGUACCUGAUCCUGGAGUACCUGAGCGGCGGGGAGCUGUUCAUGCACCUGGAGAGGGAAGGCAUCUUCCUGGAAGACACCGCGUGUUUCUACCUGUCUGAAAUUAUUUUAGCAUUAGAGCAUUUACAUGUACAGGGAAUAAUUUAUAGGGAUUUGAAGCCAGAAAAUAUAUUGUUAGAUGCUCAUGGUCAUGUGAAACUCACAGACUUUGGUCUCUGUAAAGAGCACAUUCAGGAGGGAAUAGUUACGCACACAUUUUGUGGAACUAUAGAGUAUAUGGCUCCGGAGAUACUGACGAGGAGUGGUCACGGGAAGGCUGUGGACUGGUGGUCAUUAGGUGCCUUGAUGUACGACAUGUUGACGGGGGCGCCACCGUUCACAGCAGAAAACAGGAAACGGACCAUAGAGAAGAUACUGAAAGGGAAGCUGUCGCUUCCUCCUUACCUGACCCCAGAUGCUCGUGACCUGAUCAGGAAGCUUCUAAAGAGGCAAGUGUCGCAGAGACUGGGGUCUUCCCCCGGGGACGGCGAGGCCGUCCGCGUGCACCCGUUCUUCAGGCACAUCAACUGGGGGGACGUGGUGAGCCGCAAGCUGGAGCCCCCCUUCAAGCCUUCACUGUCUAGUGAAGAUGACGUAUCGCAGUUUGACACAAAGUUCACCAAGCAGACGCCCAUCGACUCCCCGGACGAGUCGUCCCUGAGUGAAAGUGCGAACCUCGUAUUCCAGGGCUUCACUUACGUCGCGCCCUCUGUGCUGGAUGAGAUGUACAAGCCUCCCCGCAUCGUGAAGGCGCGGUCCCCCCGCAAGUCUGCCUUCCCGCCCCCCGUGAUGCGCAACCCCUUCAGCCCGCGCCACCACCUCUCGCCGGCCGGCUUCGCCUUCGCCCAGAACAACCGGGGCUUCCACAUGGACGGCAGCUGUCAAGAGGAGAUGAUGGAGGUUCAAGGAGUGCCCCAUGUAUAGCGUACGUUUGAAUUUAGCAACAAUUUGAAGCAGUUUGUUUGACAAUGGUUGUAUUUGGCAAAGCUUCAAUGUAAAUAUUUAUAUUUAGUUGUUUUCUAAGUUAUAUAUAAAAGUAUAUCAAUAUCAAACUGCAGAAAAGUGGAGAACCAUACUUUUAGCAAUGACCGAAAGUGUUCAAGGUUUUGCCGUGGCCUAAGCAUAUGCAACUUAUUUGUUUUUAGUGCAGGGUUGUGGGUUGAUCUUUGUCGCUUCCCAGCAACGAACAGCGCUCACAAGGGACUUGGUUUUGCACUUGUUUGUUACCAUAACCACGGUAGCCUGCGUGCAUCACCAUUCAGUUUCGUGCUUCGGAAACAACGUAGAAAUCCCAAAACUUCCGGCUGAGAUUUUUUUAGUGGCUUCAACGUGAGCAGUUGAAUUUUUCAUUUUGAUAUCGCGUACAGACUUGAGCAAAAGCCAUCACUGCUACCAACUACGGUUCUACACUUAACCUCAGGUCAUCUAUGCUGUGGCUGUCGACUACCGAAGGAAUCACUCACAUUCCAAACCGACCGGACAGGGAAGUGUGGUCGAGUAUCUUGCCUACUUGCUAAGCAGAGCAGUUUCUCAGCUGUGGAGACAGCACCCUUUAGAACACAGGAUUGCAGAGACCUCGAACACCAGCGCUGAAUCGUUACGACUAAACCUAAUUGCUUCUCGCCAAUUCACGACCUCGCCGCGGCCCGACGACGACGGACCAAAAGCUGAACUUGUAUGAAUUCUUCCAUCAUUUCGCUGAUGUGCUGCGUCUAUUUCUUGGACAGAAUCUUGUAGGCCUUAGUUUUGCCUUUGUAACACGAUAGUUUAAACUAGUUGUUUUGAGGUCAUACUUUUACUGAAUUGAGAAAUGUGUGCAUGUGUAAUUCAGUGUUUUUAUCAUGUUUUGUGAAUUAAUUAUUGUAAUACUAGUCAUUUUUGCCAUUCAAGAGACAAAUUUAAUAGCUGUGAAGUAUUACAAAUAUAGCCAAGCAAGUAGGAAAUAUGUGUUGUGCUGUGACAUGGUUUGAUUACUUUUAUAGAUUAUGUAUUAUUGCACACACAUGCACAAACAAUUUGGUUUUGUGAUUGUGCUUGGCAAAAAUAAUUCUUUGUGAGUGAUGAUGGAGGUUAUUAGUACAUAAAGGUUUUAGUUUAAGCUUUAGGGUGAAUUAGGUCUUUGGUAAUGGUAACAUUGGUACCUUUAAUGCAGUGAGUUUUCAGCACUCCAAACAUGGGUGAAGUUCUCACCUCAGCAAAAUGAAAUCGCAGGUUUGGGAAAUUGUGUGUAUAAAUUUACUUAUUUGUUUUAUUAUAAUCAUGAUGAGUUUAUUUUACAUUGACGGUUGGCUGCAAUAGCAAUAAGCUUCUUUUAAUUUGAAGUGACUGUGCUGGGAGUUUUUGACUCAAGGCUGGAUGAAAUGACAGUCUUAAUAAAUAGACAAAAUGGUUUCGAAGUUUUCCAACUUUAAACAACAAUGUGAUUGCUCACUUAUACAAUAAUUAUUCUGGAAAAAAAACUGUUGUUUGUUAGUUGGGAUUGUGUACCAUUACAUAUUUGACUUGUCAUUGUGUCCGAUCCACAUGAUAUCAUAGUGAGCAGAGGAUACUAAUUUGUUACUGUGUGUAUCUAGGUAAUAUUUUUAAGUUUUACCAUAUACAUUUUUUAUUGUAUUUAUAUUUACAGUGUUGUAUUCUUUGCUGCAAUUUGGGUUGAUUACCUAUGUAUUUAAUUAUUUCGUGUUUUAUAUGUUUGCAAUAUCAAUUAAACAAGUUUGGUUUGUGAAACUUCGCUGUACAAGUACACAAGGCAUAAUGUCACCAACCAAUACUGAACUAAUGCAAUAAUUUGGCAGGAGAAAGUGAAAAAUUGUGUGAAAUUUUGCCUGCCUACUUCUUGUGUGUUGUGUGUAUGCAUGUGUGUGUAGUUAAUGUGUUUGUGAAUGUGUGUGUGUGCAUAUAUGUGUACAUAUGUGUGUGCCUGAUUGCUUAAAAAAAAUGCAUUCACCUGAUUAUACUGGAGAAUUUGGAAACAUUUUAUUUGAGGUUUGUUAGGGUCUGGAAAAAUUAGCAUCUAUUUUUUCCAAAAUUACCAUAUAUUAUUGUAUAAAUAUAAGCAUCUGUUAUUGUGAAAUUAGCAUUUUAGAUGCAAUUAAUUAAAAACCUAAUGUUUAAGUUGUAAAUAUUUGCAAACCAAAUAUUCACAUAUAUGUACAAAUACCUGCAAAAAACCCUUUAGUUUGGUUUUGUACAAAAACCACAAUAUUUUAAUGUCGGUUUAGAUUAAUACCACAAAAAAAUUUAAAUGCUUAUUUAACUAAAAAAUAAUAAUUGAGACUGCAAUAUGCCAACAAACAUUAAGUUACAGUUUUAAUUUAAGAGUAAUGUACAAAAAUUCUGGAUCAAUUGGGUUAGGUUGGGUUGUAUUUUAAAGUUUUCUCGAAAUGUAUAUAAUUUGGUUGCAUCACAGAGACAUGGCAAUAUCACGAAGUAUGGUAACAAAAACUAGUGUAGAGAAUGAUAACUGGAAUGCAUGGGUUAAAAGUCACAUUUGGAGGAACGCCAAGUAUAUGUACUAUUGCUGUGGUUUACUUUCACACUUUUCACUAAAGUAUGAUACAAGAAAGUGCAGGCUAUUUUGUUUUCAUCUUAUUAGCCAAUCAAACACCUUUCGUCUGUGAGAUGGGAAAGUCUGCGGUGGACCUGUUGUAUUUUUGUAUUAACUGAAGUGCUGAUAAUUCUGAAGUGACAAUCAUCAAUUUAAAUAAUUUAAUUAUACAUACAUUUGUGUCCUAGACAAACAGCAUAGUUUGAAUACAAGCUGGUUCAGGUCACUGAAAGUCUACAAGAGAGGGUUAUUUCUGAGUGUAAGAAGAUAAUUUUGUACAAUGAUUUUGAAAACUGUCAAAUACCUAUAUGUAGCAGUUAUGUAGUAUUUUAUAAAUUAUAUUUUUACAAAUGAAUGAAAUUUAAAUGGAUUUAGCUGAAAAAAAAUAGCAUUUAUAGCCAGAUGCUAAUUUUUCCCAACCCUAUACAAGUUUUCAAAAAUAACAUUAAAAUUUGGAUUUUGGGACUUCUGCAUUAUUCACUACAGGUUUCAUCCUGUAGCCAGGUCAAUUUUGUGUGUAGGAGUAAAACUACCAUGACUUAUCAUACUAUCAACCACUCAACUCAACCAAUAUCUCCACUCCUCUCUCUCCACCUUUAUUCUCUCUCUCCACUGUUAAUCUCUUCACCACACCUCAGUUUAAAAAAAAAUAUUUAAUUCUUUAAACGGAACUAAAAUGAUAAUUCUGUUAGUUAUUAUAUGUGGUACUGUAGUUCAAGAUCACUAUUUUUUGGUAUGUAAAAUAUUACAAUGCAGUAAAACUGAGUUAAAUAUUUUCUGAAAGAAGUAUAAAUAUGAUUGUAUAAUUUUUUUAAUUAUUUUAUUUUAUUUAUUAAACAGGAAAACUAUGAGUGGUACCUUUAGGGUUUUUUUAGUAUUUAGAAAGAUUUUUUUUUUUGUAUUUUUAGUUGCUUACCUUAUUUUUUAAGAAAAUAACACCAUGAAGACCACUGCAUAUUCAAGGGCCAUAACUUGAAACUAGGGAGAGAAUAUAAGUCUAUUCCUUAACAUGUACCUGUAGAUGAUCUGUUGAGGCAGCUCGUGAACCUCACAGUGGUUUCGGAUUGGUAUUAUCUUCUGUUUGUCAGGUUUGGCAAUAAUUUAUGGGCAGAAAAAAUCUUAGUCUUAGUAGCUCAAUAGCAUUUGCGUGUAAACUGUUAAUGUGUUGGAAAAGUGUGAGGAAUGCUGGGCUUCCUGUUGUCACAACUGAAUGCUGGUAGGAUUCAAGUUGUAUGUAAUCACAAGACAUAUUGAGAGCUUCAAAACUAACCUUUCAAAAAAAUGUUAUGAACAUGAAUGAAAAAGCUUAAUGUCAAAGGAUGUGAGUGCCACCAAACCAAUAUUGAACCUGAAUUAUCAAUAUCUUUAGUGCAUGGUCAAAAGAGCACGAGUCUUAUGGCAACCAGGUUGACUUAAGCCCUUUUGACCAUGCAACAAAGAAUUAUAAUUUGUAGAACUGCUAAAGAAAAUGGUCGUUCACUCUGAGGGUUUACAAAUUCCAGCCUUAAACAAAACAAAGCAUGCAAUCACUUGAUUGCAGUUUCUUGGUUAUUUGUUUGGAAUGUUAAUAUUAAAAUUCAGUAUGAAAUACUUAUAUUAUUGUUAUGUAAGGAGUUGAUUUUUUCUUAUCAAUCAGGUUUGAAAUAUUUUUUUAUUUUAUUUAUUAUAAUUUAGAAAUUACAAUUAUGUAUAUAAGUUAAUGUUACUUGAUGUCUGAUACUAUCAUAGUUAUUUUAAAGUGAACCGUUUUAUCAAUUUGACACUUUUAAUUGUGUUUAAAUAAAUAAUGAUUUAUAUUGUUUUGAAAAAAAAAAGUUGAACAAUUUGAAGUAAGUAGUUGAUUUAGCAAAAAAAAUUAAUUGGCAUGAUAAGCUGUUUCCCACAGUGUUGGUGUAAGGCUGAUUCCUUAGUGGGUAGUAAAACCCUGUUAAUAAAUUCCAAUUAAGACAAUUUCUUGCAUAAUAAGUUUAAAAGAAUUUAGCACUUUACUUAUAAAUACAUAUACAUAAUUAAACAAUUUUAAUCAGUUUUCCCUGUUAAUAAGUCUGAAUUUCCAAGUACCUCAAGAAACUUCUUAACAGGGUUUUACUGUGGUUAAUUUAUGUGUUUGUCUGUUACAACUGUUGCACAAUGGGGAACAUGCUUGUCAGCCCUGGUUAAAAAGUGUCAAAUUUUGUGAUCUUUAAAUUUGCAGGAAAAGCUUUUGUGAACAAAAGCGCUUGGUGGGCAUUGGAUUUUGCCUACUGCGUCAAGGCCAGAUGUGUAGAAUGCCUAUGGAGAUUUAUUUUCAUGUUGGACAUGAAACUACAAAGGUUCUUGUGUUCAGGUGUUUCAUGCUCAUUUACCUUGUUGUUUGUUAAAUGAUUACCAUUGUUUAAAAGAACUAGUACCUGUUCUAAGAUAGUUUUUGGGCAGGUUUUCCUCAUUGGUGGUCGUGAAACAUAGGUCAGGAUUGUAGUCCUGCCAAUCUGCUGAAAUAUUGAAAUUAAAAGAUUGAGACCUAAAUAUAUAGCACCAACACAUGGAGGUUGUAAGUGUGGAUAUACAUAUAAGGAUAAAAACUGUUUUGAAGCUAGUCAGUUUAUUCUAAAAAUAGUUCAUUUCCAUCCUCCUGGGUGUAACAGUAGCAUAAGUACUACCAUCACACAGGUUGACCUAUCAUACAAGAUGAGUAGUAGCUUUAAGCUUUUCAACUUGCACAUUUUAGUUGUAUAUGCUGUAAAAUAUUAUAUUCUUGUGUUUUCAUUGAAGUAAUUUGAAGUGCAUAAAAAUUUGUAAACACUUGCAUUUAAAAACAUUGAAAAAUGUUUAAAACCUGUGCAAAAUAUUUGUGACAUGCUGAAGGUAGAUAUUUUUUAAAGGUGGUCUUAUUUUCUAGGUUUUUUUUAUAGUCUGAGUAUGUUCAUUCAAUGUUUUCUAAUAAAAUCAGGCACAUAAUCAAGGUUGUCUUAUAUUUUAUUUACUUUUCAUUCAAGUUCAACUUAUUUUGUACGUUGUUUAAUAAUAAAUAGAAAUAAUCUUAUAAUCAAGGAUUAAAAGUUUUUUUAGAUUCUAGGUCAUAUAUUUAUGUAAAUACCUAAUACUGUAAUACAGUAAAUGCUUUUCAAUCUGUUACGUUCAGGAACAUGGUGGUGUCGGAUCAGUGAUUUUUACGAAUUAUCUAACAUCAAUGUAGUUAUGUAUACUGGAAUCCAAAAACAUUAAUGCACAGUACAAUGAUAUUUUAAGUUAGUGAUAAUAAGAUGCUAUAUGGCUGUAUACUGUAUGUACAUUAUUGUAGUAUUGUGCAAACAUGAUGUGUAACCCACUAGAAAACGGCAGUAAUGCACCCGAAGAAACCUGAAUGUGAGCGGAUCGAUCUGUGAAUAUGAAUUAAAGAGAAUUAAAUCUAAGAAAAUUAAUUAAAGAGCGCUGAUUGUUAUUGUACUCUUUUGCAAUUUGAAAUCAUUGACAAUUUAUCUUAUAUCAAGUGGAAUAACUUGUUUAUGCUAUUUUAUGUUAAGUCAUAAAAAAUUAGAAAGCAAUUUUCUUAAUUUCAAAAUAAAUUUAAAUUUAAAUUUUGCUUAGAAUAAACAAAUUUAAACGUACUUAAAUAUUUGCUCUCUGUUACAUGCUGCAGUUCCUACAUAUUCUUUGAUAUUUUUUUGUUUGUUUUUAUUUAGUAUAGUUGUGCAAGCACCAAUGGCUGGUUUUAUUGUGGUAUCAGUAACUGGUUCCUGUUAUUUUAGAGGAUGCCAGAUAAAAAAAAUAUCCAUCCACAUAAACUUUUGUUUACAGCUAACAUUUGGUAGUAGAUAAAAUGAUCCUGGUCCCUUAGUAGAAUAUUAUGUUAGUGUUUCUUUAAUGCCAGCAUAUUACAAGCCUUAAAACAAGAACAAGAUUUCAGAAAUAAAUAUAGAUUUGAAGGGAAGAGAUGUUGUUUAAAUGGAUUAGCUAGAUUGAUAACUGAUAAAAUGAAAAAUAUGAAGUGUACUUGCAACGAGUUUGUCACCUAGCCUUAUUUGCACCAUUCAUUAGCUGUUAAUUUAGGCUUUAAGCUAACUAAUAAUAGUUUGUAAGAAUUAGUGGAGUAGUUGUAGAGUUAUUAGUAAAUAUACAUUGAGGCGUACAAAAAUAAAUGUUUUCCAAAAUAUUAUUCAUAUUUAUUCUUAGUUUCUUUUACAAAAUAUCUGUCUCUAAUUUUUGUGAAAAUGUCAAACUAAUUGCAAAAUUAUAUUUACAGCUUGGUUAUGAUUAUGUCUAGAUAAAGAUACUUUCAUUACAGCCACUAUUUAUGUAGCUUUUUUGAAAUUUUAAAGUGAGAGUAUACAAUUGAGCUGCAAAAAAAAUCCAUUGUAUACAUGGUUAAACAUUUCAGUAUUAAAAUUGGUAACUAGUAACUUUGAUACUAGGUAUAGCAUAGUUCAGGCUUUCACAACAUGACCAUAAAAAUGUUAAUGCAUUUCACAUGGUUUGUGUGUAUCUACAUUUUUUUUAAUGCCCCUAGAUGAUGUAAGACUAAUUUUACUUACUGUGUAUACUACAUUGAGUAUUUGGAACAGAAGCAUCAAAUUUACAUUAUGUUUAAAGAUCUAUAAGCCUAAGUAAGUCAUAGUACAAAGAACUUAAGAUUUAUUUUAGUUUACAGGGCAGUUAGUUGCAUUAAAAUUUCUGGUUCCUCGCCACAUUCGUGCGCACAUUCCGACCAGUAGCAAGGUCUAGAACAAAUCCCUCCACUACCUCCAGAUUCCCACCAUUUCUCCUUCUCUUUUCUCCCGAGACUUGUCUUUUUGUCCACAGUUAUCCGUGCUUGUGUUUGUUUUGUAACAGACAUGCAUGGUAUUGUAUUCUCCAGCACUAGCGGUUAUUAUCACGUUCAGAGAUUGUUGGAUUGCAUUUUCAGUAUUUGGUGUGUGACGUUCUUGAUUGUGGAUGAGUGCAGUGCAGUUCUUGUGUGCGGGAGGUUGAAGUAGGUGGGUUGAGUGCACUGUGUCAACCACAUCUAGGUUGUAGUUUUUAGCUUUGAGAGCAUGCUUAACUAAAUUAAAAUGUAGAUAAAGUUAAUAACUAAAGGAACGAUAUAAUGCCCAAUGGAGGGGGCACAAUUUUAAAAUCAAACCUUUGUACUUCGAGAAAGAUUGCGUAUGAGGAUAAAAAUGUAGACAGUUGUUCAAGUUAGAGCAACUGACAUUGUAAUGUGGGGCAUUGGGACAGUACUGUUACCCAGCUAUUUAUAGCAUUCACAACAAACUUUCAAUAGAAAUGUGGGUAGAUUAUGAGCCCUGGGCUGUAAUUCAAGGAACAAGGUAUUCUGCUUUUUAGCCGACAUCUGUUCAUUUGGGUCUUCCGGAUUCACCUCCGGAGUUGAUUCACUUUCUUCAUUUAAACACUAGGCAUCUCUAGGUAAGGACAUAAUAGUUUUAUGUCCAACACAUGCUGGAUUACUUCAGAAAUGUUUAUAGAUAUAUAUUCUGGAAUGAUGAACUUCAAACCCAUGUCUACAUUUAUACUUAAUAUUAUCAAUUAAAAUAUGAGGGCACAAUAUUUUAGCAUGGACUGGUAUUCAACCGUGGAAUGGAAAAUGUAAAUCAUGUUUUCAUAUGUUCCUAUUCAUUAGUUAUUGUGGUUAAAUUGAAAUUUUGUUGUUCAGUCAGAAAUUCCUUAAAGAAAUUUGUGUAAUUUAUUUUUGAACAUUUGUGUUACUUUUUGCUACAGUGUCUAUGUAAAGCUAAUCUGUAUUUUUAACCGUAACUAUUGUCUGGGUUGUGUCUUGUUGGAGCAUGCAUUUCUGAAAGUUAUAAGCACCAGCAGUGGUAUGUUAAUUUUUGUAGCACCAGUUACACUGAAACAUCGAGGUAGAAUUAUGUUUUAAAAAAAUAUGUGCACACAUUCUGUAUUAGUAUUCAUGCUAUUUAUGGACAUUGAUUUUUCAGCUUUGUUAUUAUAUACUCUAAUAUAGUUUAAAAAUUUUUAUAUGAAUUUACGUUUUUAUAUUGUCAGCAUUAUAUGUGUCUUGAUCUGUUUUAUGUAAAAAUUAAACUAUACAAAAAGGUAAGUUCGUAAAUUUUUAACAGAAAGUUUUAGCAGAAAUCACUAACCAAGCUAACUGGGAAAUUAAUAUAAUUGUCUUAAAUAACUAGUUUGCCAGUUCUACCUCAGCAGUUAUUAGCAGUCACUACGUUUUCUGGUGCAGUAGCAAAUUUAAUUACAUUUACCGCUAACUAAGGUCUAGCUCAGAUAUAAUAAAUUUUUUGAAUAAAAAUUUAUGACAAAUUAAGAGGUUUUUUGGUAACAAGUGUGAAUUAAUUUAGCAGAAGUUGGCAUUAGUUUUGAUAUGUGUCAUCUAGUGCAGCAUUUUUAGCAAGUGAAAUGGUAGCCGUUUGUUAGAAUUGCACAGUUUUGAAUACAUAUCUGCUGUCCUUUCUUUGGUCCAAAAUUGUGCACUUGGAAAUUAACUGGUAAAAAUUUUCAGUGAAGUCAUUGUUUGCUUGUGAAAGAAAAUAUUUCAAAAAAAAUAUUAAAGAUUUUCACCUGUGUUUUCUGCUUUUUUUAAUUUUACGUUAUUUCAAUUAACUGCUUGUUCCUGCAGUUCGUAUAAAGAUUUAAAAGACAAACCCAAACACACAGUAUUGACUUUAGAUUUAUUUGUCUGAUUGUCUUUAAUGAUCUCUAUGUUGAUGUAAUGUUGAGUCAUCAUUAAUUUAUUAAUACAUCAAUCUGUUAAACUGAUUUUACAUCAAUUUUUCAAUGCAUCUAGUUUUGACUGUCUGAAUUGGCUAGGAUUGUGGGUUUUUGCCAAGUGAAGUAAAAGCUGAAAUAAUUUCCAAUGCACACCCUCCUACAUAAUACUGUCAAAAAAAUUAUGUGAUUGAUAUUCUUGAUGAAUACUUCUGCCCCUAUAGACAUAAAUAGUUAGUCUCCUCCUACCAGCUACAGAAAUGUAUAGUGUUGCACUAUAAUAGCUCAAAGACAGUAAUGUUAAUGUUCCAUGGCUUCUCAUCAAAUAUGAAGGUGUUACUGUUGUAGACUUUGUGUCAUUUUAUGAUGCUCUGACAAGAAUUGCAUUGUAAGCUGAAAGAAAAUAACUUACCCAACAAACAAUGUGCAAAAAUUGUUACCAUAAGUAUUUCAAACAUUGGCUUGCGAUCAAAUAAUCUGACAACUACCUCUGCAACUCUGUUAUGUACGUCAGUUUAGACUUUACUAGUUAUAGCUUAGCAGUUAUAUCUAUUAGAAAUUCAGUUUUCAGUAGUAUAAACCAGUUAAUUAGAGAAAUAAUUGAAAUACUUUUAUUAUUUUUUAUAGUUAGAAGUUAAGAUUGGUUCGAGGUGAUUGUGACUGAUGAGUUUUUUAAGUGUUAUAGUUCCCCUGAACUUAUCAGUACAUAAAGGAAGCUUUGUGAGGUGGUUUCAGUGCUGUAGAUAAUUAUUUGUUCAGCUUUGUAUCAGUAUCCACACGUCCAUGCCCGAGGCUUGGUCGAAAUGGACGGAAGAGACUGGUUCUUUAGCAAACCUGGCUGUCUGGCCCAAGAGAGAGAUGUGUUGUUGCCGGUCAUUCUGUAUUGUGUUCAGGGUGAGAUUUGGGAAUGGGGUAGUGGCAGAAUGGAGGUGGUAGAACAUUUAUGAUCCACAAUAGUGCCAGAACUGUGAAAUAAGUUCAAAAUCGGAUAAUGUGAUUUAGAUGAAUAAUAACUUCACUCACAGAACUUUGCCACCGGAGUUUCUACUGUUCUAAUACACUGCCCAAAAAAAUCCGCUCACUAAGAUAGAAGGGUAAAAAUCCUAUAACUUAAACUACACUUAUAAUUUUCUUGUGUAGUUUUUAUUAGACUGCUCUUUGAUAUUAAACAAGAGAAUUUUAUAAAACUCUAGUGUGCAAUGUUUAGAGAUACAAUUUUCUGGCCUCUUGCCCCCACCCUUCCAUUGAACAGGGUGUAAAAGAAAAUUAUGUAUCAAGAUUCUCAUAAUGUGUGGGGAUGGUUUUUUCUGGGUACUGUGGUUUCCUCCUGUCGCUCCACUUACCCUCAACUCUCCCACCAUUUUCUGGGCUGACCAGAAACAAUCGUCUCUAGGAUUGGGCAGCGUCGUCCUAUAGGAUCGACACACAGUGCCUUUUAUUGUUUUUAUUGCAGUCAACUGCAUCCACAUAAGAACACCUGCUUUGAACUCAUUCCAGCAGAAUUGUAAAUUUAGGCAAUGAUAUCAGCUUCCUACUUCGAGUAGCAUUCUCCAAGACAUCAAAAUAUCGUAGCAAUACUGUGCUUUGUUUUGACAGGGCUAUAUGUUUCAAAUACUUGCAUUACUGUUAGUUGAUGAACCAUAGUCCGUAUGACUAAGCAUUUGCUGUAUGUGUUUUUCGAUCCUGACUAAAAACAAAGGGUCAAUUAUAAUUAUUAUGGUCUGUCACGUUUAAGCAUUUGCUGUAUGUGUUUUCCGAUCCUGACUAAAAACAAAGGGUCAAUUAUAAUUAUUAUGGUCUGUCACGUUUUUUCUCUGUCAGUGUGACACAAGAAUGAAUAGGUUUAUCAUUUUCAUUUGACUCUUAUAUUACUAUUUAGCACCAUAUUUAGGUCAAGUUGUGUUUGUGCUUAAUUGUGAUCCUGAUUGCUUUUGGUAUGUCUUGACUCUUGAGGUCGUCUUUGUAUCGAGGAUUGCAAGACUCCUGCUGCUUUGAAAAAACAGGCUAAAAUUGUUCAUUUAGAAAUUAUCUUUAGUAUAUUAGUGUAAUUUGUGUGUUUUUAAGUGUGAUAAACUUGAUUUUGAUAAAGUGUUAAACCCAGGGGGAAGUUUUAAGUUUAGAAAAAUGUUUCGGCUGUCAUUAAUAAUUAUAGUUUUUUGAGUGAAAGUUUAAAUGUUUCAUAUAAAAAUUUUUAUUUUUGAAAUUGUAAUUUGUUACUUUUUCUAAGGCAAAACCUGUACUUGUAAAAACUUUAUAUACUAUUUAUUAUUUAAAUAACAAUUCUUUAAAAACAAAAUAAAACCUGAAGUUAGUGACAGGCUCGUGUUGGUAGCAGGUAGGGUUAUGUUGAAUAAUAAAUUAUGUGUUGAUAGUUAGAAUAUUGCUAUUUUUUCUUAAAUGUGUGUUGACUUGGCAGCAAAGUGUUCUUUUCUUCAUAUGUUUUAAAUUUAAAAGACAUUUGCUUACUGUGUUUUUAUUUUGUUCGUGUUUUUUUUUUUUCCUAGUUGUCAUUUUCAUAUUUGAUAUGUGCAAAGACUAUUUCUGUAAUUAAAUAUGUGAGAUUGAAAAUGUUGUUGGUACCGUUAAUUUUUGUUUUUCCACUGUAAUGUGUUGAGUUAGUUUUCCUGUGACCCAUUCAAGAAAUUAUAAAUUAUUAUUAUGAUUGUAAGCAGUUUACUGAAAACAUUAAUGUACUCUGUACACUAUCAGUUUCAUCUUAAUGUAACACAAAUUUUCACUUCAGUACCUACUUAUGGUUAAUUUUUUUUUACCAAUCAUCUGAAAGUUUAGUUGAUACUGCCCUGAUUGUUAGGAGAUUUUUGUGCAUAUACAAAUGUAUCAGCACAACUGAAUGUACAUAUUUAUUGUCUGUGAACAACUGCCUCUCUCCGAUUAAUUUUGCAGUUUUUUCACCAGACCAGUGAGUGAGUGGGUGGGUGGGCCAGUAUUCCUUUCAAUUGAGAAACCUUUCUUUUCUCCCUUCUUACACACACAAUUUGAAGCAUCGCCAGGCUGUUGUGGCAGCUGGUAUUAUUGGAUCUCUCAGGACACCGCUGCAUGCAGUCUUCCAGUAUCCAAAUCAUCUUCUCAGGGAAAGGGAAAUUAUGCAAAUUAUUGAAUUCUGGAUAAAUGUACGCUCUCUUCCCAGUUGACCCCCCCCCCCCCCCCCCUCCUUUUUCCCUUCUGGAUCCUGGUGUUUACCAUACCAGAGUUCUGACGACAGUGGUGGUUAUCUCCAUGGCUUCCUGUAGCUCACAGCUAUCCUAUUUUACAUCUCAUCUUCCGUUGAAGAACCACUCUAGUAGUUCUUUUAUGAGAGGCAUGUCUCAAUUCUCUGUGCAUCUGCAGGCAGCAUCUCCCAUGAAAUUUACUGUCGCCAUUUUUUUUUAUGGGUGCUCUUCCAUCUAAUUGGCUAGAAAAGAUGGAAUUUCCACUUCUUUAUAACUUUUACUGCACCAGGUAACCUAUGGUUUUGCCUUGAGGCAUGUGAGUGGUGCGAGCAGUCUCUGUCUUGUCUUUUUCAACAACUAAUAAUAGUAAUAAUAAUAAUACAAGGACUAGCCUUAUCUGGAUCAGCACACAGCACGCCAGCUGUUAAGCCUAAAGACUGCUUCCAUUCUCAAAGCAUUGAAUGGAAACUGGAAGAGAUGAAUCCGAAAAGGCAGCAGCGCAGAAAGUGUUACAAAGCCCAUGGCGGUAUUGUAGGAUCUGGUCUAGGUGCUAACUGCACAAAAAAAUUAACCUGUACUAAAAACAAGAAGAAAGUAGGAUAAGCAUGAGAGAAAACAUGUAAGAUAUAUAAUAGCUGAUAUUGGCAUCCACUUACCAAAUAAUGUGGGUUGUUACGAAAUCAGAUCAUGGCAGAAGUUAUGAAAACCCAAAGUAGAUAGAAAUUCAGGGGAAAAAAAAACACUAUUCGCUAUGUAUUUGACUGCAUGGAAGAUGUUUUCUAAGAACUUUAUGUUAAACUGUGCACUGAUGAGACAAAGUGCAAAUCAGCUGAAGAACAAUUGUCACUAGAGGGUAUACAGAAGCAUAAUUAGUUACCCAGAAGAGGCUAUGUGGUGGGGGCUGUAUUUCUUAGCUCUGCCACUAGUUGCCGCACUGGUGUUAGGGAGGGGGUUUACUGGUGAGCGGAGGAAUACUUAGGUUGCCUUCUGGUUGGGGCUUUAUUUUCACAUAUUGGUGGCAAGAGGAGCUGGAGGUUAAAUGGCACUGCCGUGGUGAGGGGAGGAAAUGCGGAUGUUCUGGGAACAGAGUAUGCAUAGCGGUCCUUGGUAUAUCGCCACUGAACGUUGUGCCAACCUGGGUUGGUAUCAGAGCGUAGCAAAGCAGGCAUACAUUCUCGUAGUAACCAGCGAGGCAGGCUAAGUUGAUACGUAAUCACAGCUACCUGAAACAGGUAGCUGUGUGGUAAGAUGGUGGGAAGCUAGCAGCACCUCAUAGCUGGCCAGGCUGAUAGGAAAACUUAGGCAGUGAGGGAAAGUGAAGUGAAGGUAAGGUUCCUGUUAGUUGUUGAAGUUAAUAAAAAAGAAAUAUACCAAAAAUACCAUGUAAUGUUAAGAUAAAAAAAUUAUGCCAUAAAUUUAAUUUAAAAUAUGGGUAAUUCUCAAGAUUCAAAAUAAUAAGCCACACAUGCUUUCUCGAAAGUUGAUAUUUUUAUAUUAUGUUCAUCAGUUAUGGGCAGAAAAGAUAAAACUUGAAGAGUGAAUCUAAUGACAUUUGAUUGGAUGCUCCUAAAAUGUUUUAUACUGGUGUUGUGUUCACUCCAGGUAUCUUACUAAAAAAAUCCAAAAAUAUAUGUCCUUAAAAAAAGUUAUUUUAGUAAUAACCAGAUUUGUUUAAAUAUUAUAUUGGUUAAUCCUGUGGUAAAAAAAAUAGUGUGUUUGGAAAUUGCUGGGCACAAAUUUAGUAGGUGGUAGGGAAUGCCAAAGUGAGCAGUGGUGCAGUGAUGAUAAAAUGCUCUGUGAGAAGCAGGUGACAAGCGGGACACAUACAUAGUUCACAACAUGUGCUAGCAGCUAGCACCAGUAAAUAUAUAACACUGUAGAUGGUUGGUUGUGAUAAAUUAGCGCAGUGUUGACUGUUAGUGAGUACACAGUGCUGGAAUUACAGAUUUGACAAACAGCAAUAACAUGGUAGACUUUACAUUGGCCAACAUGCACUGGUAGACUUUACAUUGGCCAACAUGCACUGGUAGACUUUACAUUGGCCAACAUGCACAUGGUGUAGUGGGGUGUGGGGAGGCGAAAGGAAUUUCAUCAGGAACAGUGUGCAGUUACCAAGGACUUUUUUACAAAGGACAUGUACCAGAUAGGAAGACGUUCAUGCGGCUUUGUCAGCAACUGCCUUAAACAGGGAGUUUUAUACUACAAAGGGAGACCAGAGAGCUGGUUACUUCUGCGUAUGACUGUAAACAUCUACUCCUACCGGCUUGUAAUGAGAAGCAUUUGAACAUCACUUACUGUGAUCAGGCAUCCUCUCAGCCAGUGGAGAUCUGCCAUGGUGCAAGCAAAAUUCAAAUUUGCACGAAGCUGUUCACAUCUGCAACUCUGCAGAAUUUCAUUUCUGAACAUAUGUUCCUUUUCUUCCCCCCAUUAUCUUUCUCUCUCGUAUUUCAAACAUCAUGGCUUACGAGUUAAGAAUAUAUGAUUAGACGCCAAGAACGUGGGGCAUAACUGCUUCUGGUGAGCGUCAGGCACAACGAAGGAAACUACAGAAACUAAAGAUGUUAGUUUUCCAGGAAAGAAUUUUUGGGAAAAUUUUACCCCCAUUCUCCGCCCAUUAAGUUUAUGCCCAACAAAUGUUUCAGAAAAAGCCAGUAUAUUUUGUUUGUGUACACAUGCGUGCUUACGUGCUUGUGCAUGUGUGUGUGUAAUAUAUACAGGAUUCCCGCAACCAAGAAAAACUCAGGGAAUUGAAAAUGUGUCUUGAAAACCUGCAAAAACAGGGAAAUCAUCAGUAUCUACGUUAAAAACAUGUCCGUAAUUUUUCAUAAUACGAACAUGUAUUUUAAUUAUAAAUUCAUUUGCUGUUAGUGAUCCAUAUCCGACUUUCGCUAACAUUGAGUGUAAGGGAUACAAACAACCUAUUUUGUAUUAAUUUGAAGCAUAAUCAAAUAUCUAUAGGCAUAGUCUUUACUUUAAUCACAAUUUAUAAUGUAUCUCUUAAAAGUUUGAUCAAAAAAUAUAUUCAUUAUCUUUAUCAGGUUGGCAGUGUUUGGUUUCUUAGUGUUGCUCAAAAUAACAGUGCAUACUGUAUAUGCAGGAAAAGAGUUUAUAUGUAGUUUAUAUGUUAUUUUGCCGUAUAUACCAAUGAUAUGGCACAGGGAAAAUGGGGAAUGCUCAAGGAAAUGAGCUGAAGUAAGAGUGGGAACUCUGUUGUAUAUGUGUAUACAUGAGUGUGUAAUAUAAACAUAUAUAUAAUAUAUAUACCUACAUACAUAUAUAUAUAUUCAGGCAGUAGUGAUCAACCUGAGUGUGCUGAAUAGAAUCUUAUCUAGCCUUUCACACCAAAGACUAGAAGGACACCAGAAUUCAAUGCCCGCAGAGAUUCUGACCUUUGCAAUGGAAGGAAAAUAUUUCUAGCCACAUUUUGUUUGUGUGGACUUAACAACAGCACAAGUUGUCAUCCAAGAGUAGUGUUUUCAGACUCUAGAGUUCAUGCAGCUUUUUUCCUGGUGUAAAUUGUUUUUCAAUGAAUUACUGGCUUAAUGCAGUUGUGUGAAGCUAAGAGCUCACUGCUAACCGACUCCAAAAGCUUCUUCAGGAAGUUUUUUACUAAAAAAGAUUUUGACAACAGGAAAAACUCCAAGCAACAGGAGACUGCUAUUGUAGCUUACUAAAGUUAAAUGGAAUGACAUAUCAAAAUAAUGACUCAAUGUUGAACACUUUGUUUUGUUUGAAACGGUGAGUGUUUAUUCAUUUGUUUGGCAUUACUUUGUACAAUGAUGAUGUUAAUUUAUAAAGGUAGUUUUCAUCCCAUUUGUAGAUUAUUUUGUAGAAAACUUGCUGCAUCAAAAGGUACCAACAUCAAAAGAAAUUUUAUAGUGUAAAAGAAUGUUUUCAGUGUCAUACCAGAAAUUGAUAAUUUUGCUGGAUCUUAAUCUGUUUUCACCAAGUUGGGGGUUCUACACUUUUAACAGUUCUUCAAAGAUACACACAAAGUUGAACACAGUGGCAAUGAAUCAAGUUGUAAAAAUAUUUUUAUAAAGCACAGACAUUUAGUAAAAAUGAUUGUACUUAUUAAAUUGAAAGAAAAAAAAUAGUGUACUUAUCAUGUCUAGUAUUGUUACAAGAACGAAAUAGAAAACUGUUAAAAUAACUUCAGUGCAGUAAUCAUUAACAAGUAAAAAAUUAUUUUUCAUAAACUUAAUGAAAAAUUGCUUUUAUAGUUAUUUGAAUGAUAUUUCAGAAUUCAAAAACCUUAGCCAAUUAUUUUUAAAAUUUCACAUCAAAAAUUUAUUUUUCUCUGUGAAAUGUGUUGCCUAUGUUUAUCAUUUUUACCAACACUUUAUUAUGUUUUAGUUUUAUUGUAUUGACUGACUUGUUUAACAUUUUACUGUAUUAAAUUAUUCUUAUUAAGAAUUGUUAAGGCCAAUCAUGUUUAAAAGGUACAGACUGCAUGUGCUGCAAGCCACAAGUUACCAACCAGAUCAGUCUUGAUGUUCAUGGCUAAAGAUCAAAUACUUAUAAUACAGUGUGUGGUGUUUGGAGAUCACUAAUUUUUACAUGAAAACCGUUCGAAAGUUUUAAUUGCUCGAAAUUAGCAGAUAUAUUUUUUUCAGUUAUCUUUUAACUAAAAAGAAAAUUGCUUUACUAAAAUGUUAUUUAAUGUAAAUAAAUAUAACUUUUCAAUUAAUUGCUUCACUUGAAAUGACUUCUUGUAAUUUGUUACAUGAUGUAAAUGUUGAUUUACACACCAUUGGGCUGAGUGUAGAUAAAUUCAAUAAAAGUUGAGUCCCACAAUUUAAAAUGUAGGCCUAUCUGAUCUGGAAUAUGGUGAUCCAUUUUCAAAACUGAUGGGAUAAGGUAAGAAAAUAAUUAUCAAUGAAAUGUUUGCUAAGAUGCUGUCUAUACUCCCAAUUUUCCCUAACGUGAUGGUACUGCUGAUUGGUGUUUGUUGCCCAUGUGGAUUUUGCUGUGACAGUAGUCAAGAAUAUGGUACUUUAUUCAUCAAACAAUGUACUUUGUAUGUUUGUUGAGAUUGAUCAUUGCAGUUUUAAGAAUAUAUUUAUGGCGGUGUAGUUGAAGAUUUGUAUUAACCAAGCAGUUUAAAAUUUUGAGUGUGUAGCUAACAGUUCUAACUUUUUCUUUUAUUAAGUCAUUGAAUGAAAACAUUUGUGUCUGUUUAACUUCAACAGUUUGUCAAAGCCUGGUACAUACGGUCAGCUUCCUUCAGCUCAAACAUGAGCAAGGGGAGAGCGAACUCAGUUAGGGUAUCGUAAGGAGGCCAGAUAAUUCAUAGUUUGUACACUCUUUUAUGAGCACUGAAUGAGUCGAUAGGUGGAUGAGAACGCUAGAUAAAAUUGUAAAAUUUUAUAAACAUUCAGCAAUAUGACAGUUUUAUUAACUUGUAAGAAUGUCAGAAAUGAAAUAAGUUACCUUGAAUGCACAAAUAAGAAAUCUUAACUUUUUUAUUUUUGUUGUUUAUUUUAAUAAAUAAGUCCUUUUAAUAAUUAUCUGUACACAUUGAACUUAUAAAGAAUAACAAUUUCAUGAUGAGCAUUUAGUAAAUGGUUCAAUUAGAAGGGAUGAUAUACACACGUUAAAGAUGUUUGGCUACAUGUGUGUAUGUGUGAAUAUACAAGUAUAGAAUUCUUAUGUAAUAUGCCUGUGACAUAGAAUUUUUCCCCCUCUCCCCCUCUAAAAUUAUUGGCUUAACUCUCCCUUUAUGAUAUUACUUGUGAGUCAGCAGUGAGUACUUUCAAUGUUCAUGUUUAUUGCUGACAGAAUAUGCCUUUUUGUACCAGGCUUAAUUUUUCAUAAUUAUUUGACUUAAUUGGCUGUAAAAAAAGUCUCAUAUUUUCAAGAUAUUUAUUAGUGUCUUGAUUUUUCUUCUAAUGAUGUAUGUACUUUUUUAAUAGCAAACAAUUAUAAUCAAUAAUUUUUGUAUUUACAAAAUAACGUAUUAAUGUAUAUAUAUAAAAGAAAGAAAAGUUGCAUAGAAGAAAAUACAGAUGUUAUUUACUUUUAUAUACAGUACAUGAGGUAAUAAGAGUAACUUGCAUGUUAUAAUGAUGUGUGACUGAAUGUUGCUUCUUGGGCCUUUGUUUCAUUCUUAAGUAUGAGAGUAGCUUCUGAAAUUAUUACUGGCUCGGCUCCAUAGUUGAGUUUAUGUUAGUACAGAGUUGCAGAGACCUGACAUUUCUGCACAUACCUUCAGGACUUUUAUCAAGGUAAGAGUUAACAAGGUAUUAUGUCUCACAUGUCACUGAUGGUUAUUUCAUUUCAUGCCGUUUCUUCCUUUCAAGGGCUAUUGCUUUCAAUCUCGAUAGCUCUCUUCCAGUUUGUAUUUUGCCACAAUUUUGUGUAAGUUGUUACUACUAAAUGUUAAUCUAAUAGCAGUAAAAUGUGAUGCAAAGGUUCAUAACCUACUUGUGUGAUAUUUUACAGCUUGCUAAUAACUAGGGAUGGACCAAUCCUUAGUAUACGAAGGAUUCGAUAUUGGAGGAAAAAGAUUCUAAGAAAAAUAUUAGAGGAAAUGACGUAAAGUACAAAAUUCAACACUGACAACCUCUGAAGUUUACUAAGUUAAUUUGUUUCAUACUUAACCUGUUACCAUUCUCUAAGAAAUUGAUCCUGGAAACUUAGUUAAUGAAUAAACCAUUUAAAAGGGUAAAUGUUUCAACAGCAUAGUUAAUGUGUUUCAUUUCUUGUACCUUAUUUUAUUUCGGACCUUUAAGUUCUAGAUUUGGAUUUGAGGGGUAUAUUGAAGUACUCUUUGGGAUUCAGAUUCUAGAAAAUUGGGAUUUGACCCAUUGCUAUUAAUAAUGGUUAGUAAACAUCUGGUGGCAAAAUUUGCUGUCAAACAACAAAUUAAAAAGAGCUAUCAUGAUAAAUUUACAGGAAUUACCCUUAAAUAACAUCUAUAGUACAGUAAAAUAUCAUUAAUAAAAAUACAAAACUUUCAUUAAUACAAAGUAUUCUCACAGUCCCUACAAAUUAUUUUGGAGUUAUAGUGCUAAGUAUUUUUUUUAGUACAAAAGUAUGGUUAUUAUGUAAUACAAAGUAUUUUUGUUCCUAGGGGAAAUCGUUACAUGUAUUAAAGGAUGUUUAAUACAAAUGUCCUAUAAUAAUAUAGAGAAUGUGAAAUAUCUAAAAUAAUAUUCUAGCCAUUUUUUUGGUUUGGUGUUGGUUGGGGAAAAGAACUUAGAAAUGUUAUAUUCGUACAAAAUAAUUAUGUGUCUUUAUGUAGUUAGUUUCCAAACAUUUGCUUUAUUAUUCUGUCUUAAAUUCUUUAAAAAAGUAACGUACAAAGUAUUGGUUUUAGUCAUAGGUGUAGCCAUCCUAAAAUUUAAUUUUACAAAGUACAUUUUGGGUUGUAUUAAAUUGUUUGCAAUAUUUCUUGGAAAAUAUCCUUUUUUAGGAGUGUUAUGCAUGUAAUAAAUUGAAAAAAAAAAUGAUUCAAAUUUUAUUUAGAUGUUACAUAAAAAUUGUAAUUAAAUUUUGUAAUAGUUUGAUUAAUACAAACCUCAAUACUGCAAAGUGACAAAUUUAUAGUCCCUUCAGGUUUUUAUUAUUGAGGUUUGACUGUAAUAAAUAAUUAAUUAACCAACGUGGCAUGUGAGACUAACGAGGGGAAGCUAUGACGUUUGGAUCACGGAUUUUAUUCAAACUUUGUACACUUUAAGUAUUUCAUUAGGACACCAUAAUGUGCAAGUAGUAAGACGUAUUACUUGGGCGUUUUCGAGAAAAUCGCAAGAGAAGUUUUACAUGUCAAAUAUGUUCUGAUGCGUUGUGACCAUGAGAGCGAGAUGGCGGUGGUGAGUGGUUAGCCGUCAAGCUCUGUAAUCGCUGGAUCUCUGAAUCUAGUCCAACUCAUGGUUUUUUUUUGUAAAUUCAUAUUUUUUUCAACACUGGUCAUAUUCUUUCAUAUAUAUUACAAUUGUAAUACAAUGAAAAAAUAUGUGUAUUUGCGUGAAAGUUUAUUGAAUUUCCUAUUUUUUAUUGUUUGUUCACUAAUUUUAUUAUUACAACAAAUACUUCAUUUAUAAUUAUGGACAAGGAAACGACUGACAUAACAUAAAGUUUUGCUGGAAAUGUUUUCCUGUCGUAAUUUUGACAUUUCUUCUUUUUUUUUUUUGUAUGAAUUUUUUUGUAAUAAUAAACAUUAGUGAACACAAAAAAAAUUGGAAAUUCAAUAAAAGUUAAUGCAAAUACACAUUUUUUUAAAAAUUAUAUUACCUUUUAAUUGUAAUAUGUAUGAAAGAAUAUGACCAGUGUUGAAAAAUAAUAAUUAAAAAAAACCAUGAGUAGGACUUGAUUCAGAGCUCCAGCGAUUACGGAGCUUGAAUACUAACCACUGGACCACCGCCAUCUCGCGCUCAUGGUCACAAUGCACCGGUACAGUAAUGAACUACCAAAAGUGUACAAAGUUUGAAUAAAAUCUGUGAUUUGAACAUCGUAGCUUCCCCUUGUAAGUCUUAACAGUACCUGUGGAAGGAGAUGCUAAAAUGAUUGGAUUAUAAACUGAAUGAAUGUGGCUUAAAAUAUUCAAGAAAUUUGACAUAUUUUAAACUUACAAAUUUCUUUUACAGUAGGAUUCGCUUAGUGGCCAUGACUGCUGAGGCAAAAUACUCGUGUGUGUGUGAGGACAUCUAGCAUCCUCUCGAGUCUUGAAGGCCCCGUAGUCGAAUUAUCAGGGUGUAAGAGCACAACGUAACAUGCUGCCUUUGCCUGCAUGGUAGGUCAAGAUGCCCUCUUGCCUUGCGCAUAAUUCUUCGUUCAAGUUUUUUCGAGUUGUGCCAAACAGCGAAUAGAUGAAUGUUCAACAUUAAUGGAAUGGUUCAUGCAUUGGCUGUAAAAUUAAUUCUUGCAUUUUUUUUUUUCUUUUUCCUUCAGACAGUUUAGAUGCUUAUCUGUUGUUUUUCAGCUCAUCUCACUGAAGUUAGGUAGUGUUCAGUAGUGUGGCUACAUUGUUUGAAAGUGUGGGGCACAAUGUAUUUUUAUUGUAUGUAGAACAAGAAACAGAAAACAGUCAGUUUGAAACUAUUCAUUCACAUACUGUAUUCAGCAUCAGAAUAUGACAUCUCACUGUUAAAAAAACUGAUUUUUUUCCCCAAUGAAUAAUAUUAUGGCUGCUGUUCAACACCAUUGCUGUUUGUAUUUUUUUUUUGUUAUUAUGCUCAUUUUGUGAACACCAAAUACUACUGAAAAAAAUGUAAGGUUUUUGUACAGUGUCUUAAGCAUCUACAAUUUUAAGGAAGUAACUACUAGUGUUUUGCAGAACUGAACAUGCCAAAAAAAAAAAAAAAAGAAGAAA